AUGGCUACAAAACCUCCGAGGCAACCAAAGCUCCGGUCUAGCUGCGAUGGGUGCGGGGCUGCGAAGCUCAAGUGCGACCGCCGGCAGCCGACAUGUGGACGGUGCGCGGAUCUGGGUGUUACCUGCAUCUACGGCGUGUCGCGAAAGAUGGGUAAACCCCCGAGGGAUCGGCUUCAACUCUCGGCAUCGCGGGGCAAAUCCCCGGCAGACCGGCGCCCCAGCUCCGCCGAGAAACGCAAGUUCGACGAUAGCGACUUCCAGUGCCAUCGACAAAGGCGGUCUGGUAGCGAGACCAUGUCGUCACUUUCGGCGGCGUCGUCGACUUCAAGCAACAAUGAAAUGGAGUCGGCCUGGGGAUCAGUCAACGGCGAUGAUUUUGUUAGUAUGGGAACUAGCAACACGACGAUGCUCGACGCAUUUCCUCCAUUGACCAACUUUGCAUCUAUGGACCUCGGUGACUGGGCUCUGUCAGACGAGCUCUCUUCGAAUAACCUAGACAAAUUGGACCCAGAUCUGCUCGCUACAUUCGAGUGGCCCGACUUUGACAGCACCGCGACACCGCCUCCAUACGGACAGCAGUCUCAUAGCGAAUCAAUAGGCAGCUUUCCCCUACCAUUCAAAGGCGACAAGUUGUCCUCCGCGCCAGAUGGUUGUAACUGCCUGCGUGAAACACACGAAAUCCUGCGCAAUCUGUCUCUCAUAAAUCCUAACAAGACACCGACGCCGUUGGCACCCGGGCCCAUGAUCAGCGGCGCGGGUCAUUUCCCGUUAGACUUUGUACUUAACCUAAAUCGCGAGUGCAGCGAGCAUCUCGGCCGGUUGCUCAACUGUUCAUGCGUGAGCUGUCCACAUCUAGGACUGCUGCACGCCUCCAUCAUAUCCCAAAUCCUAAUGUGGUAUCAUCAAGAGGGCACGUCGUCCAUGUCAUCUCCAAAUCACAUGUCCCCUUUCAUGAACACGAAAACGGUUGACACUACCUCGCGACCGCGACCUCGCCCCUCCGGCAUCACCACCUCCUCCUCCUCUUCAGCCUCAUUGUGGUCUGGGAGUACCGCAAUAGGUAGCAGUACCACGACGGGUGGCACAAACACACCGACGCUUGGCCAAGCAUCCGGCCAGAUGGCCAUGGGAUGCUUCAUCAUAGAUGAUGAGCGGGUACAAUCUGCUCUCCGCAUCCAAUUAUUGUUGGCAGAGCUGACAAAGAUCGGAUCUCUAAUUUCUGCAUUUUCUGCACAGAGCCCCAAGAUUGUAUCUGCCUCGGGUACGGUGGAUCCACUCUAUAAAAGUCUUGGCUCUUGGCUGUCCAAGGAGCAUGCAAGCAUUGUUGAUUUGUUGAGAGCCAAAUUAAGCGAGAUCAGUAUAUGA